UUUUUCAAACCUACUGUAGUACAGUGUUCCAAGUAAAUGCAUUAAAAUGUACCUUUCUUUCAGACAAGAGCAGGUCAGUGUUCUCUAUCAGAACAUACACAUAGCGGAACCAAGAUUAAUCCAGCCUUAUGAACAUGUCAUUAAGAACUUCAUCCGAGAGAUCAAACUUCAAAGCACAGAGAUGGAAACUUUGGCCAUCGCGGUAAAAAGAGCUCAGGAUAAAGCAGCAGUUCAGCUCAGUGAGCUGGAAGAAGAGAUGGAGCAACGUAUACAGGCUGCAGAGCAUAAAGUUAAAAAGGAAGAGAAGCGAAAAGCUGAAGAAGCGCUAAAUGAGCUGAAACGCCAGUAUGAUACUGAAGUUGGGGAUCUUCAGGUGACAAUAAAAAAACUUAGAAAGCUGGAAGAGCAAUCGAAAAACAUAAAUCACAGGGAAGAUGUGGUUGAACUGAAAAAAAGAAUACAUGAUAUGUUGCUGGAAAAUCAGAAACUUAAGAAAGAACUUUUAGAAGCGCAAACAAAUAUAGCUUUUCUACAGAGUGAAUUAGAUAGCUUGAAAAGCGAGUAUGCAGAUCAGACUUUGAACAGUGAGAGAGACUUAGAAAUGAUCCGAGAGUAUAGUGAAGACAGAGAUAAUCUGGAAAGACAAAUUGAAAUACUUCAAUCAGCUAAUAAAAAGCUACAUGACAGCAACGAUGGUUUAAGAAGUGCACUUGAAAACAGUUUCAGCAAGUACAACAGAUCGUUGCGGUUAGCAAGCACCUCACCAGGAAGUACCAAUUCUAGAAGCAGUCCUAAAUUUAAUGGUGGUCAGUCUCCCCUAAACCCACGAUAUGACAGAUCAUCUCAUUCUUCUUGUGUGGAUGAAGAUUAUGAUUCUUUAGCUCUUUGUGAUCCUAUGCAAAGGAUGAACUGUGAAGUUGACAGCUUACCUGAGAGCUGUUUUGACAGUGGUUUGUCUACCCUGAGAGAUUCAAAUGAGUAUGAUUCAGAAGUGGAAUACAGGCAUCAAAGGAUUUUUCAAAGGUCACAGUGUAUGCAAGAAAGCUUUGGUGGUGAUGCUUCUGAUACAGAUGUUCCAGAGAUUGGGGAUGAAGAAGCAUAUAGUCCUGAUAACAGCGGUACAGUAUUACACUGGAAGCCCUCACAACCAGUAAGUCGAAGCAGCUCAAUUGCUUCAACAAGGAGACACAUAUCUGCUCUCACCCCUCAGUCAGAUUCAACUGAAUGUACUCUGAAAUACCCCAGUUCAGACAAGGCUUACAAGAUUGUUCUUGCUGGAGAUGCAGCAGUGGGAAAAUCCAGUUUCCUUACAAGACUUUGCAGGAAUGAAUUUCGAGGCAAUACCAGUGCAACCCUGGGUGUGGAUUUUCAAAUGAAAAGACUAAUUGUUGAUGGAGAACCUACAGUGCUACAGCUGUGGGACACAGCUGGGCAAGAGAGAUUCCGAAGUAUUGCUAAAUCAUACUUCAGAAGAGCAGAUGGUGUCUUACUGCUGUAUGACGUGACAUGUGAAAAAAGCUUUCUUAAUGUGCGAGAAUGGGUUGAUAUGAUUGAGGAUGCAACUCAUGAUAAUAUUCCAAUUAUGAUGGUGGGCAACAAAGCAGAUCUCCGUCAAGCUGUUACAGAACAAGGGCAAAAAUGUGUGCCUAUAAACUAUGGAGAAAAGCUGGCUAUGGCUUAUAAUGCGCUAUUCUGUGAAACAAGUGCUAAAGAUGGGUCUAAUAUUGUAGAAGCAGUUCUUCAUCUUGCUCGUGAAGUGCGAAAACGAAUUGAUAAUCAAGAUGAUACAAGGUCAAUAACCAGCCUGGCUGGGACACCUGUGAAAAAAUCUGCACUCAUGAAAAACUGCUGCAAUGUUUAAGUGAUAGAUACUUUUCCUGACUUAAAUAACUUCUAUAUUUUGUAAAAAAAAAAAUGAAGGGUUUCAGUAAUGUAUUCUUUUUAUUGUGGACUUACACAUUCGUGUAUUUAGAAAUUGCACAUCAUUAAAAAUCCAGACUACUUUCUACUCAUUCAUAUUUGUGCACUUGUGUUGCCCCAUAGGCUCUGGUUUUACUUUUCUUAAGUAAUGUAAGUUAACAAAGUGAACUCAGAAUCAGUGCUAUAGUAGUCACUGCAUACAAUAUUGAUAUAUUAAUAUAGGUACCUGCUUCAUUCUUUUAUCGGCUCAAUAUUCCUUACAUACUGAACUUGAUAAUGUAUAUCACUCAUAGGAAAAGAAACAAUUACAGCUUCAAUUAAUCUCCUUUUGCUCAUGUCUUCUUAUGUAGUUUUUUGAAGGCAUUAUAUAGGUUGAUGAAACAUUUCCUAAGAAAACCCCAAACCAUUAAAAGGUUGCCUAGAUCCAGGUAAACCCUGAGUUCAGGAUAUGAAACAGAAUGAUCUCUGUUGGGAGGAGACAGUGGCAGGUGCAUGGGAUUCUGUUGUAACUUCACAAAAUUUAAUGAUUAGAAUUUAUUUAAUUUUGAGAGGUAGACUUUACAUCUGAACCUACACAACUCAGAAGUGAAAAGAACAUUUGCAUGGACCAUUACCAUUCAAAAUUCCAGAGAGACUAUAAUACCUGUGAUAUGUAGGAUUACUGAGAUGAAUUAAUGAUGCAGUAGCCUGUUUGUUUAGACCAGAUCAUUGUUAGUAUUACAGAGAGAUAUGGGUUGUAAUUUUUCCUUUGUAUUUCAAAUGGCUUCCAUUCAGACAAGAAUUGAUGGAUUCUAACAGUACAGAGGAGUCUGUUUUAAUGAAUAUUCUUUAUGCUUUUUUGAAGUUUUAAACCUGCAGAUGAAAGAAUUGCUGCAAAUGCACAAAUAUCUGUAUAAACUGUUCCAUAAAAAGAAGUCCCUGAAAUGAACAGCAGCCACUUACCUUAAUGAGAAUUCCUUUGCCUGAUUUUAGGAAAGUUCUGAGAAACUCACCAGUUGGUGGUAGCUUUAGGAGUCAGCAUCUCUAAAAUCUGAGUUGAUAUUGCUUAUAAUAGUUCCCAACAGUCCUAUAGUGCAUUAAAAACUGUAGGUAUUUUUACAGUUAACAAUCAUGAUACAAUUCCUCUCAGCUUUCACUAAUUUUGAUUGGAAUGGGAUAGGACCCCAUCACAGCCAGCAAACCAUUUCUGUCUUUUCUGUAUAUAUUAAUAAAACAUCUUCAGGCUGAAACCUAGCUCAGUAGAUCAACCCUUGGAUAAAGUUUUAGGAACUGAUUUGAAACACAUAUGACUAGCAGCUAUUACUGCAUUUUAUCAGCACUGUAUUUAAACAUUAUAUAGCCUGUGCUCUGUUACCAAUUUUAUAAAAUCUGGAGUUCUCAGAAACAGGAUGUUUCAUUAUUAAAAAAAAAAAAAGUUUUAACAUAGGAAGAGUGGUUUUAGGCAUCCUUUCAAACCUCUAGAUCAGAGCAGCUAAUCCUCAGGUAACUAUCUGAAAACUUGUUCUUAACGAGACAGAGAAAUCUAAUGCCAGAAGUGAUAAGACAUUUUAUUUCACUCGGUUGUACUUCUGCCCUAGAAAACAUGUUUAGUUUCCUUUUUGAAGUAUUAAGGCAAUCUUCAUGCACUACUUUAUUCCAUGCAGCAGACUUUAGGGUUAUAACAUCUUCCCAGCCAGCAGUACAGGAUGCCUCACCGCAGUCCCGAGACUUAUGUGGAGCAGGUGGCAGAGAAUGAAGGAGAUGCUGGUGUACCAGGAGUAUGCCUGGUCACAUAUCUAUUGUUUACUAUUAAUCCUGUAUUAUUUAAACAAGAAAAUUACAGCUGUAAUUAGUUUCUCUGAGGAGAAAACCAUGCUUAACUGAGCAUAUUGAUGAGGGCCUCUUCCAUGUUCUUUGUGUGUAAGAAAUUCCCUCUCUCCAAAGGAGUGAAAUCAAAGUAGCAUUAGUGCGGGUUUUACUUGCGGAUAGUUCUUCCUGCAGCAGUAGGGAGGAGAAAGGGAGAUGAUCCAGUGCUUGGUUUCUGAAGUGUAAGCUUACAACGUGUAGGCAUUUGCAUUUUCUCAGGAUGAGGAGGUCAUGAUUGUAAGUUGUUACUUACAUUCCAAAAUACCGCUCUUCAGUGUUAUUAACUUCUGUUAACUUGUAGGGUUUAAACUGAGGCACAGUGUUCUAUGUGUGUCUCCUGAACCAGUGUUUGACCACCUCUGUGGUCUUGGCCUGCAGUAAAUGAAGUGAAAUAAGUUUGCUUAAAUCUUGUUGACACACCUGCAUGAACAAAACAUAAAACAUGGGUAAAAAGUUCUCUCCAUGUUCAACCCCAGUUUCCUAAGUGACUACAAAUUAGGCAUUUCCCCUUUGCAAUCCUGGUAACUCCCCUUUCAGUAUCAGUAGGCUAUUAGAUCCUGGUAUAAUAACACUAUGAGGUACCUCUUGCUAAUGCGGGUUCCAUGUCCCAGAGCAUGUGUUCCUAUGUAGUAAUUGCUUUUGGAUCUGAGAUGCUUACCAUAGAGUGUCAUCUGAAUGUCCCUGCCUGUAAGAGAGCCUGGUUGAAGAACGCGAGAAUGCGAAUUCAGGAACCUGACCACACCUAAUUUUUUUCUCUGCAGGACUGGGCCAUUGAUAUUUUGGGCACAUUUUUGGUUUAUUUUAAUGAUCAAAAUCUCUCUUUAUUUGGUCAAAUUAUGUAAACUGAAUCCCCUCUUUUAAGCUCUGUAGUUUUUAUGUGUUAUGUAAAGCAAUUUUAAUUUGAAACCUUUUUUUUUAAAUAAGAUUCAGGGUUGGAAACUGUUAAUAAAGUUUUACCUUGGAGUAGUUUUUUGGUCAAUGUCUAAGUUACUAAAAAAGCACUACUAAAUGGGGAUGUUGCUGUAGCUCAGAUGGAACUGGUUUUAGAAAUCCUACCAUGAUCAGUUUCAUCAAGUCUGCAUAUUCACAUAAUAUUGUGUAGAAUUCAUGUUAAAGCAAAAGAACUUGUAAAAAUAUUAUUUAAUUUUAUAAAUUAAAGCAUGUAUUUAUCCAUGGAAUUAAUGAAUAUAUGAAGUUUUCUGUUGUUUUUCUUUGAAAGAUUACCUUGCCUUCUAUCUAAAAUGUAAAUAGUUUUAUGCUCUGACAUGGUUGCACUAUUAUACUUUAGGUGUCUUUGUGGUUUUGCUUAGUACGUAAAAACUAUUCAUUUAAUCACACAAAGGGGUUUUUCUGGUUAGUGGAUGUGUACCCUUAAUACAUCUAUUUAUUUGAAUGGAAUGGCCUUUCGUGUUUUUCUUCCUGACUUGUAAGUAAUUUAUUUUGAUUCAAUUGACACGGAAGUAUUAUUUUAUCCUGUAUUGGUUUUGACCCAUAUUAGUUGUGGCAUAUUACACAUUUCUGAGGCAAUAAUUUCUGUGAGACUCUGAAAAUGUUUUGAUCACAUAAGUUCUUGUAACCACUUUGUGCCUGUUCAGCAUACAUUAGUGGAUUAAUGAGUUGCAGCUUCUUUUAAUUGUUCUUAGAAGUAUAGUUAGGGCCUGACAGGGUUUAAGUAUUUUUCUCUUUAACCAUUUAUGUAUUGACUACAAAAUCCUCUAUUCUUUUCAGAAAAAUAAAUUAUAGUGUUAAAUUUGUGUAGCCUGUUAAAAUGCAUUCCUAGGGAACUAUCUACAGGCCACUGCUGCAAGCAGCAUCAAGGUGUGCACCCAUGCAGAUCCCCUGUUAAACUAGUAAAUACAGUGUUAACACAGUUAAUCUGUUCAAACAUACGUACUCUUAAAGAGGUUUUCUUUUUUCCCCAAUCCACUGCUGUACAACUAUGCUAGGUAACUUUUUAAGGAAAGAGAUUUUAAUGAAAGAUCUCUAAUUCAUAAAUCAAAGGGAGGUAUUUAUUAAUAUAGUCAAGGCACUUUAUUGUAUUACAAAGAAACCUGCUUCCAAGAUGUUUCUGACUGUAUUAGAUAAUUUGAAAAAUAGACCAAUAUCACAUGUGCAGUUCAAAUGCCCUUUACCACUGCCAGAUUUGAUACAGCAUGCAAUCCCUCUGACCCUUUCCAGGCUGGUUAAGCAUUGGAGAAUCUUUUUAACAGCACCAGUUAUGUUAGUAUUUCUGUCCCACUGUAUUACUGUCAGGCCUAAUCCUUUCUUGUCAUACCUAAUCCUGGUAUGCCUAGGACUGGUAAUAUUAAUAUUUGUCAUUAUUCAUCUUUUUUACCUAUCUUGUUUUGUGAGAAAACUCUUAUAAAAAAUUACUCAUAUGUUGAACAUAGGUUCAGAUGUGUUACUCAGUUUGUAAAAAGUCCUUUUUUUUUUUCUUUUCGAUUUCUGCACUUUGAAUUAUGGCUAUAGAUAGAUAGGUUUAUAGGAAAUUAGUCAUUAGGUGGCUGAAUACCAAAUAAACCCCAGCUGUGAAGGUUUGCCACUGAAUAUAAAGUGAAGUAUUUAAAAUAGAAGUGUAUUUUUAUAGCAGUAUGAGGAAGAAAUUCAGUACCGAUUGCAUGUGCCAACUUCUAGUAAAAGUCUAUAUUAUUUAAAUAAGGCUCUGAAUUGUGAAAACCUUUAAAAGUUUAAUUUAUACUGUUUACUUGUAAAACUAUGGUGCUCAUACAGUUUGUUCCUCCUCAGAACUACAGAUCACUGUAGUUUUGUACAUAUAUAUGUUUAAAAAGAAUUACACAUUUUCUGUAUUACAAAUUGCUGUAUAAUAAAAUACG